AAUAAAUAUCCCCGGGGUUUCUCCAGUUCGAAUAUCGACUACUCUGCGACAAAUAACUUUCUGCAGUUUCACUUUCUUGUUUCCUGACCCCUACAAAGAAGUUAGAGAAGCUAAAGCUCGUUUCUCCAAAUCGAAGCAUGGCACAAGAAGAAGGAACCGCUGCUGCUUCUGUGGUUGAUUCGGCUGCUGCUUCUGUGGUUGAUUCAGCUGCUGCUUCUGUGGUUGAUUCAGCUGCUGCAGCCCAUAGCAGCGAAAUUCAGGAAGAAGUGAGUGUCCCUGGAGUAGAAUCGUGUAAAUACUCAAGAAGGGUCGCUUUACGUGCCAUUCUAAGCCGGCCUGAUGGGGGGUUGGGCUUGGUUGGGCAUAGGGUUGUCAUUGGUGGGUGGGUGAAAUCUGGUAAGGUGCAAAAAAAGGAUACCCCUGCGCCUUCUUCAUCUUCUACGGAUGGGAUUUGCUCUCUCAUACUUCAGUCACGACUCCCAAAUUGUUUACGUUCAAUUAUAAGGGCUUUGGCAGGAGGUAGGCAGGUUUCUUUUAAUAGAUUGGAUGGGUUAGUGAGAGAAGAAGUUCAAGAUUUAACUGGCUUUGUUCGCUUGCAAGUGAAUGAUGGAUCUUGUGCUUCAAAUCUUCAGGUGGUAUUCGACUCAUCAAUGGUUCCUCUUGGCCAAGUUACAUCCAGAGGAAGUUGUAUAUUAGCAGAGGGAGUUCUGCAGACAGCAACUGAACCAGGAAAGCAAAAGCUGGAACUCAAAUUAGAAAAGAUUCUUCACGUUGGAGUUGUUGAUCCAAUGACUUAUCCUUUCACAAAGACAAAAAUGCCUUUGGAUUUCCUGAGGAACUACUCGCAUUUUCGGUCUCGUACAACAGUGGCAGCAUCAGUUGCUCGAAUUCGUAAUGCAGCUGCAUGUGCUACUCAGAUAUUCUUCCAGAAUCAUGGGUUCCUAUAUGUGCAUACACCCAUUAUCACUACUUCAAAUGCCCAAGGUGGCAGUGCAGUAUUCCAGGUUACAACUCUCCUGAGCGAAGCGGAAAACAUGGAGUUGAAGGCAGUAGGUGAUUAUGGUCAAGCUGAGGUGGAAGCUGCAAAGGCAUCCCUUAAGGAAAAAAGUGAUAGGAUAGAGGAACUAAAAAGAAGUGACAGUAACAAAGAAACACUAGCAGUAGCAGUGCAGGAUCUUCAAAAGACCCAACAACUGACAUCCGAAAUGGAAGCACGUCUAAGACUAGAAUCGGUAUUUGAAUAUAAGGAUGGCAAGCUGAACUUCGCAAAAGAUUUCUUUUCUCAGAAGGCAUUUUUGACUUCAUCUGCUCAGCUUCAUCUUGAGAGCUAUGCAUGUGCUCUUGGUAAUGUUUAUACAUGUGGUCCAACAUUUCAAGCAGAAAAGGAUCAAGCUGCAAAGUGCUUAGCUGAGACAUGGAUGGUGGAGGCUGAACUUGCCUUCACAGUAUUGGAGGAAACAAUGACCUGUGCAGAGGAUUAUUUAAAAUUUCUGUGUCAGUGGAUCCUUGAUAAUUGCCUUGAUGACAUUAAGCUACUAUCAGGCAGAACUAAGAAACGCAACCUGGAGUUCCUUCGAUUGGCAGCAUCGAGCGUAUAUGAGAGAAUUACUUACAUAAAUGCAAUUGAGCUUCUGAAGAAAGGAAACUUUAAAAUUGACUACGGAAUGCAACUAGGCGAUGAACAUGAAAGAUAUUUGACAGAUGAAACAUUCAAAAAGCCAGUCAUUUUGUACAAUUACCCAAAAGAGCUAACUCAAUUUCAUACUCGAAUUAAUGAUGAUGGAAAGACAGCAGCUGCUUUUAACAUUCUUCUGCCUAAGGGUCAAGUUUUGAUUAAAGGAAGCCAAAGGGAGGAGCGCUUUGAAGCCAUUAACGAAAGGUUCCAAGAGUUGGGGCUGCCAAAGGAGCCGUAUGAGUGGUACCUGGACCUUCGCCGGCAUGGAACUGUCAAACACUCUGGGUUCAGUCUUGGGUUCGACAAGAUGGUGCAAUUCGCGACCGGACUCGAUGACGCCAGAGAUGUCAUUCCUUUCCCUAGAUUUCAUGGCAAAAUAAAAAACUAACACCCUUCGUCCAUGGGAUUUAUUGUCAAACAUCUCAAGUAUAAACAGGGAGAAGAAGGACAUAUCAUCCUCCCAUGUAUGUAAUAAACAUUUGUGAAUACAGUGAUGCAUUCAGGGAAAAGGAGAAGGAAAUA